AUGACAGUCCAUGGCGAUCUCCACCGCCAUAGGCAGCACACAAUCAAGCGAGGCUUGGGUCUCGUACUGACCUUCGAAGAUGCUUUCAGCGAUAGAAUGGUUUGCAGGGCGAUCUUUCUCUCGCGAUCCUGGGCGAUAGGGAUGGACCCGCGCAUCCGAGCCAUCGUUCUGCUCGUCUGGUUGUCGCUUGCAGCAGCCCCUCUGCAACGGGACCGAACCGUCGCUCUGGUAAUUUCUGGGCUAGAAUGA